UACUCCAUCCAUCCCUAUGUCUAUGUGGUGUCAUUAGCAUCACAUCAUAUCCUUCACAGGCAGCAAAGCACAGCCCAGCACAGCACACUUGCAGUUGCAGCUGCAGCGCCAUCCCUUCCCUUCUCCUCAAGCAUCACCAACCUUCCUCCCUCCCACUUCCACACGCGCACUCCACCUUGCCCUUGCCCUCUCCCUCCUCCGAUCGGGGCCAUGGGCGUCGUCCAGGAGGAGGAGGCCGGCACGCCGCCUGCUGCUGCCAUGGUGGUGCCGCCGGUGCUCGUCAAGGGGAAGCGCAGCAAGAGGCAGCGCGUGCACGCGCCACCGGUGGUGCUGUCCGCGUCGGCGGCGCCCGAGUGGUCGUCGUCCGCGGCGUCGGCCACGGCGCCCGCGGAGGAGGAGUCCGGGACGUCGCGGUCGGACGACGCCGCGUCGAGCGGCGGGUGCCUCACCGAGGAGGACGAGGACAUGGCGCUCUGCCUCAUGCUCCUAGCGCGCGGCGUCCCGGCGGCCGUGGCGGCGGCGAAGGAAGAGGAGGAGGUGGUGGUCGCCAAGGAGGCCAGGUUCAGGAGCCGCCGCCCGGCCGACGGGGCCGCAGCCGGCGAGUACGUGUACGAGUGCAAGACGUGCAACAAGUGCUUCCCGUCCUUCCAGGCGCUCGGCGGCCACCGCACCAGCCACAAGAAGCCCCGCCUGCUUCCGCCUGCGCCGCCGCCGCUCGCACCCGAGGACACCAAGGCGGCCGCUGCAGCCGAGCCGUCUCCGUCGCUCCCGCCGACGCCUCCGCCCCCGGUGGAAGCCACCGCCGAUGCAACAGUGCUCGCGAUCCCGGUCACGGUCCCCGUGGCGCCGAAGCAAGAGCAGGACGCCGUCGCCGUCGCCGCCACGGCCGCGGCCUUCAUCGCCGCGAGCAGCAGCAGCUCGAAGCAUCCGCGGGUGCACGAGUGCUCCAUAUGCGGCGCCGAGUUCGGGUCGGGGCAGGCGCUGGGCGGGCACAUGCGGCGGCACCGCCCGCUCGUGCCGGCGGCGGCGCGGGACGACGCGCCGAGGAAGGAGAAGAGCCUCCUGGAGCUGGACCUCAACAUGCCCGCGCCCUGCGACGAGGCGGAGACGUCGCCGGCGGUGACAUCGCCGCGGUUCGCCUUUGCCGCCGCGGAGAGGCCACCGGCGCCCCUCCUCUUCCCGGCGUCCGCGGCGUCGGCCCUGGUUGACUGCCAUUACUAGUAAACACCAAGUAGCUCUCCAUCCUCUGCUUCGUUCUCAGCUGAUACAUACAUACACAAUUACUACUCCAUACAGUACACACCAAUCCUCCUUAUUGUCUAAAUACUACUUUUUAGUUUCUCUUCUUUUGGGGUAUUUUUAUUCCAUUAUUUGUUCAAAUGAUUGAUUGGAAAUUUGGAAUGGGCGAUGUGAAUUACCGGUACAGAAAUAUGUUUGAGAUUUGACCUGUGUGAUCCCUUAAUUCUAUUAAUUCAUUGAUUGAUUCAGAUGUG